AUGCUGAGUGUUGGCAUAGGAAGUACAUUAUGGGAAUUCAGACACUUCCCAAGUUGGCAACCGCGUUUGUAUUCUUUGCCAGCCCAGCAUACAAAUGCUGCAAUGUGUUUCCCAGAAAACAAAAAAGACAUUAUUCCGAAACUGCCCUUCUCCAACUACAUCCCGCCGCUGUACACCGGACCGACAGCCAAUGAGGUUUUGAAGAAGAGGAAAGAGUUUCUCAGCCCAUCUACGUACUACUACUACGAAAACCCUGUGAAUCUUGUCCACGGCAAGAUGCAGUACGUGUUUGAUGAUGAUGGUCAUAGAUAUCUCGAUGCUUUCGGUGGGAUUGCCACAGUGGGGUGUGGGCAUUGUCACCCUGAUGUGGUUAAGGCUGUUAUAAACCAAACCAAAAACUUGCAACAUUCCACUGUUUUAUAUCUAAAUCAUGCAAUUGCUGAUUUUGCUGAGGCACUGGCCUCAAAGUUGCCUGGUGAUCUUAAGGUUGUAUUCUUCACAAAUUCUGGGACAGAAGCAAAUGAGUUAGCUAUUACGAUGGCGCGUUUAUACACAGGCUGUCAUGAUAUCAUAUCACUGAGAAAUGCGUACCACGCAAAUGAAGCUGGGACCAUGGCGGCCACUGCACUAUGUAACUGGAAAUUCAAUCUUGUACAGAGUGGAGUUCAUCAUGCCGUGAACCCAGAUCCAUACAGAGGGAUCUUUGGUUCAGAUGGUGAAAUGUAUGCAAAAGAUGUUCAAGAUCUAAUUCAAUUCGGGACUUGUGGCCAUGUUGCUGCUUUUAUAUCUGAAGCUAUACAGGGAGUUGCCGGGAUUAUUGAGUUAGCUCCAGGUUACUUGCCUGCAGUAUAUAGCAGCAUCAGAAAUGCAGGAGGCCUUUGUAUUGCCGAUGAGGUUCAGGCUGGAUUUGCUCGCACGGGUAGCCAUUUUUGGGGAUUUGAGGUCCAUGGAGUUGUGCCUGACAUAGUUACAAUGGCCAAGGGUAUUGGAAAUGGAAUUCCUCUUGGUGCCGUGGUAACUACUCCUGAGAUUGCAGAGGUCUUCACUCAUCGAACUUACUUUAACACCUUUGGAGGGAAUCCUGUAUGUACUGCAGCAGGACUUGCCGUUCUCAGGGUGAUUGAAAAAGAAAAACUUCAGGAGAAUGCUCAUGUUGUUGGAUCCUACCUGAAACACCGUCUUAAUGCCCUCAAAGCCAAGCAUGAAAUCAUCGGGGAUGUGAGAGGAAGAGGACUGAUGCUCGGGGUUGAGCUAGUCACAGACCGCCGACACAAAACUCCUGCAAGGGUUGAAACUCUGUAUUUGAUGGAGCAAAUGAAAGUUAUGGGAUUACUGAUUGGAAAGGGAGGCUACUAUGAAAAUGUUUUCAGAAUUACACCUCCACUUUGUUUCUCUAAGGAGGAUGCUGGUAGACUUUCUGGUGGAAGUAAUGGACUAUACUAUGAUGAAGCUUCGAGGCCCUACUCACUUUGUACAGUCGCCCAGAAGAAAAGACAGCUUUCUUGUAGGACGACAAGGAGCCUGCCAGGAAAUUCAAUGCAAGUAGUCUAA